UUCAUGUUAUCGUUCUUUGUUUCUCUCUCUCUUUCUUGUGUAAGUGACAUGAAUACCAAUCCAUUUGUUCGUCAAGUUACUUGAAGACUAGUAGUCUGAUAAGUUCCAUGGUAAUGGCACAGUUAGUUACCCGCCUUCUCUUCCUCUUGGUUAUCUUCCAUUAUUCCAUCGCAGCCGAUGGUACAACAAGCUACGACCAGCAGGACAGAAAACAGUAGUAUGGGUUGCCAACCGCCGCAGUCCAGUAUCAGGCACCAAUGGAAGCUUGGAACUGAAUGGCAAUGGAACUCUCACCAUCAACUCCAUGAUUUUCUUGCCCAUGCCCACGGUGACCCUUACUAAUCCGGUGGCACAGAUCUUAGAUGACGGCAACCUUGUUAUCAGAGUAGCCAACAGCAGCGAGUUUGCUUGGCAGAGCUUUGACUACCGGACAGACACCCAUCUGUCAGGCAUGAAGCUUGGAUGGGACUUGAGAACUGGUCUUAACCGCAAUCUAACCUCUUGGCUGAGCUACGACGAUCCAUCUCCAGGGCGCUACGUCCUAUCCAUGGACCAUGAAGGGAUUCCUCAAUUAAUUUUAUGGUCUGGUUUGGCUAAAAUGUGGCGCUCUGGGCCAUGGAAUGGCACCACUUUCAGUAACGUAGGAGAAAGCCCCAGUGACUUCUGCGCGAAUUUUGUUAGCAACAAAGACGAGGUUUACUAA